AGCCCGCCUGGCAUGCACAGGUGCAGGCUGUUUUCCUGCCCAUGGCUGCCUUUCUCGCCUGGCUUUCCUGCGCUGGCUCUUGCUACAACAUGUACACCCAGAAGCCCGGCUUGCUGGGCCGCACUUGCCAGGAGGUGCCCGUGGCACUGGCUUAUGCACUGGUCAUCAGCCCUGUGGUACACCGCAUCCUGGUCUCCCCCGACCCUGCCACGGAUGACCUGGCUCUUCUCUACCACAAGUGCCAGGUGGUCUUCUUCCUGCUGGCUGCGGCUUUCUUCUCAGUCUUCGAGCCUGAGCGCUGGUUCCCCGGCAGAUGCCACUUCUUUGGGCAGGGCCACCAGGUCUUCCACGUGUUCCUGGUGCUGUGCACGCUGGCUCAGCUGGAGGCUGUGGUGCUGGACUAUGAGGCGCGGCAGCCCAUCUAUGAGCCUCUGCACACCUGCUGGCCCCACAACUUCUUUGGCCUCUUCCUACUCACCAUGGGCAGCAGUGUCCUCACCGCGUUCCUCCUGAGCCAGCUGGUUCGGCGCAAACUCCAUCAGAAGACCCAGUGAAGGGGGGUGGCAUCUGGUAGGGAGGGAGGUAUAGUGGGGACCCAGGGGUCCAGGCUUGGCUCCAGAUGGGAACAGGCCUGGUAAAGUUGUUUGUGUCUGGCCCGUGGUAGCUCUCUGUAUAUGCCUCAGCUGCCAAGGGCAGCACUGGGCAGUCCUUGAAUUUGGGGAUUGGCCAGGAACUGCUGGGGUCCACUCCUGGGCCUGCCCCAGCUCCCUGCCCCGGGAGAGGGACAGAGAUAAAGAUGUGGGCCACCCUGGUUUGCCUCCCCACGUUCCCUUUCACUAGGGGUAAGGAUAGGGGUGGUCAGCUGGGGCCAGGAUCAUCUGAGAGGGGGUGAAGGUGGGAUUUAGGCCAGUCAGAUUUGAGCUGAGAGGCAGGGGAGGCCUCAGCAACCCCCUCUACCCAGAUUUCAUUGGUGGACAGGGAAGGGGCAGGCCCAAAGUGUGUGCAGGAGCUUACCGUUCCUUGAGCCCCAGCCUGGAGUUUUGGAGCUCCAGAGAGUCCCCAAAGGUAGAAGAUUGUGCCAGGUGGAAAUGGAUGCCAUCCAGUGCCCCAUACCUCUUCAGUCACUGCCGUAGACAGGGAGCCCAACCCUCUGGCUCUGGCCGCUGUGUCCCACACAUCCUGUUCCCAGCCUCUCUCCUGGUUCCCUUGUUCAUGAUUCAGCUAUCCAUUCAGUGUUUCCUGGGCCUCUGCUCAGAGGUGGGCCACCGACUGGGCCCUCUGGAUCAAUACAGGAUAAGAAAGACUCUAAAAUCAGAAUGAACUGUCAGGGGAAGCACUGAAGAGGGAAUAAUCAGUGUUGCUUGGGCCCCUCAGGGUCUGGGGUUGGGAAGGGUGAAUAGGAGUUUGCAGAUGCAGGAAGGGCAUUCCAGGCAAGGGGAAAAACCUGAACAAAGGUCAAGAGGUAUGGAAGGAGGAGUUCGGUGGGGCUGGAGCUAGGGGUGAUCUGGACUCUGAUAUGUCCUGGAUGCAAUAAAGUGACUGUGAUAACAGC